ACUUUUAAGGUAUUCGUUACGUCAUGCUGUAAGAUUUAUGGGAAAGAAAAACAAAAAUAGGAGAGAACUAUACCAGACGUUGGAUAAUUCUGGAGACAAGGUGAACUUUCGUAACGAUGUGAAAGAAACUGUACCAGUUAAAGCAACACAUGUUAUCUUAAUGCUGCUCUUCAAUGUCUUGCAAGGAGUCCAUGGCUUUUAAAUCUAUUGGUUGUCGAUGAACCAAGAGAAUCUACUCUGACUAAGCCUAAUGGGGUAAACUUUAAAAUCCUGCUUUAUUGUUUAGGAUUCAAUAUCUACGUUAUGUGUUUCUCUACCACUAAUGAAGUGCCCACUGACAAGUCAAUUUAAGGAACUUAUUUCUGUUUUAAAGCCUGGUGAACUUUCAAAUUCCAAGAUGAGCUCUUCUAACACAAUUAGUCCUGGGGUUUGUUCUAGCAACUAGUUCUAGAAUUUUCAUUUAAGAUGUUUCGAAAUGUGUUUGUUGAACGUUGUCCUCGAUUCAGUGGAUUUGGGCAACAUGAUAGUCAUGAAUUAAUUCGUGCUCUCCUGGACUGCUUAAAACAAGAAGAACUUGCACGCUGGAAGAAGGGUAUUUUACUCAAGCUCAAUGUUAACCCAAAAGAUGUUCGUGAUGAUGAGAAAGAGUCUAUUCGCAAUUGGGGAAAAGCAGCUUCAAUAGCCACGACUGUAGAUCGACUUUUCGGUGGGAUUCUUGUCAGUACAUUACAGUGUUGUUGUUGUGGUUCUGUUCGCCCUAAAUUUGAACCAUUUCUGGACCUUUCAUUGUCUGUUUCUCAAAACAAUGUUUCAAAACGCAAUACAAAUGAAUUUGUGUCUAAACAGCAUUCUAAAGGUGCCUCCAGUUCCAAACAACUUCGGAAAAAGGAACGUAAACGUAAAACUCAAAAACAACGGAAACGUCAACAUUUUAUACAUGAUCAUCAGUCAGAUCAGGAAUGUCUAGAUCAGUGCAGUUCAGAUUCAGAUAGUCGAAAAACAAAACAAAUUGAACAUUCACCAUUGGAUACAUUUAUUGCAAUGUGUUGUGAUGAUGUAACAACUCCAAAUGUAGAUAGUAAGCUAAUAGAGAACGUCAAUGGGGAUCUUGACAUAGAUGAGAACCAAUAUAAAGAUAAUAAUGGCAACAACGAUGUAAAUAAGAAUGGGGAGAAUUUGCCCAAUUUGAAUGAAUGCGAACUUUCAAGUGAAACAUUAAAUCAAAGUUUUUGUGAUGAAGUGGCAUCCUCAGACGGAAAUUGUGCAGACGGUGAAGGCAGUGAUCGAUGUGAUAGUGUUGCAUCACUACAAGUUAUUACAAAUGGUUGUGAUGAAAAUGUACAACAAGUAGAGAUGAAUAAUACCAAUACGGAACAGAUUACUUAUGAAUUAGAUAAACUAUGCUUGAACACAGUUCCAUCGUUUUCAUGUGAUUCCGAUGAACUAAAUCAAGCUAUUCAUUAUGCGCGAAUCCCACUUGGUCAGAGUAAAAGUAUCAACUCAACAGAAGAUGGAGUCACAUCUAUUUAUGAAUGUCUUUCAAAAUAUACUUCUGCUGAAUUAUUAACCGGAUCUAAUCGUUUAAUUUGUGAUGUAUGCACAAAACGAAACUCAUUAGAUGAAUUGGAAAACAAUUUGCCUAGUGAAACAAUGAAUAAACAAACGUCUAACAACAACAAGCCAGACAUUUUACAAGAUGUUAUCAAACGUGAUUUAAUCUAUAAGCCUCCACCAAUUCUGACAAUACAUUUGAAGCGAUUUCAACAGGUAAAUUAUUCUCUUGAUAGUAGGAAAAAGAAACAUUGGUUUACUCUUAAUACGUCUGGCACUUUUGGUGGAGUUUUAUUCUCUAAGCUGAAUGGUUUGGUCGUGGAGCUUUCAUCGUUCUUCUGAACGAUAUCAUCAGCGCAAACUUCAGGUAGAAGUGAAGUGUUCGAAUUUCUACACUUGUGGUUUACAGCUUGUCCUGUACAUCUCGACGUCUGGUACUUGAAUGUUUGAUGCUAAUCAAUUCAUAGCCCUCAGGAAUUUUCCACACUUGAAUCUCGGUAAGAAUAUAAAAGACUGGAGAUAUAAAAAAAUAAUACAUCUAUGGUUCGUAUAAGUAGGAGUACAAGAAUAUGUAUCCUCGAUAAUUUAGAAAUGCUAUACCUUGCUUUUCCAAUCAGUUCCCCCACAUAUAUAUCAGAUCCCACUUGUUUAUAAGUGAUGCUGCCCAGGUAUGUGAAAAUUUAUGCCUCUUCUAGAGCUUCUCCACUAAACGUGAUUGGGUUGGUGUUCUCCGUGUUGCAUUUGAGGAUCUUAGUUUUCCCGAUUGUGUUUUCUGAGGCCUACUGAUGCAUAAGAUGCUGCUACAUUAGUUGUCUUGACCUGCAUUUGUUCGUGUGUAUGAGAUAGAAGGACCGGAUCAUCUGCGAAGUCCAAAUCAUCUACUUGCAUCCAAGCUGUCCAUUGUAUUCCGUGAUUCCCCUCAGAUGUAUUUAUUAUUAUUUAUUAUUUGAAUACAUAAAUAUUAGUACAAGGGGGCACCAAAUAUAUAUGUGCCACACAAAACAAUGAGAGUGGGGAGAAAAGGGUAAGGAGCGU